CUCUUCCCCUUCGCCUUCCUUUGAUCUGAAACCGAUCACACUCAGAUUCUCUUCCAACUCACAGAGAUCUCUGUUUCUCCGAACCUUCCUCGCGAUCUCACGAACCCUUAAACGCUGCGUUUCGGUCGUUCAUUCUCUCCCAAAACCCACAUCAACUUUCCUAGGGUUUCCACGAGCCUCUUAGAAACCUAUUUUUUUACCAGGCUUUGAUAAAUUGGCUUGAAUGAUCGUGUGGCAACAAUUGAAACAUGACAUCGAGUAUGUUGUUUGGGGAUCGGAGGACGACUUCCUCCCGAAGAAGUGGAAUGACUGUUUUAGGGAAAGUUCCAAAACCCGUAAACUUGCCCAGUAAGAGGUUAGAAAAUCAUGGUGCAGACCCAAGUGUGGAAAUCGUUCCCAAGGGCACCCUCAGUUGGGGCAGUAGAUCAUCUUCUGCAUCAAAUGCAUGGGGUUCGUCAUCAUUGUCCCCAAAAGCUGAUGGUGGCACAUCACCAAGCCAUCUCAGUGGCCACCUUUCACCUGGAAGUGGCACUCGACCAUCAACUGCUGGUAGCGACAAAGGGCAUGAACCUUCUUCUAAUGCAUGGGGUUCAAAUUCUAGGCCAUCAUCGGCUUCUGGGGCCUUGACAUCAAAUCAGACAACACUGACCUCAUUGCGUCCUCGCAGUGCAGACACAAGACCUGGUAGUUCACAGUUGUCAAGAUUUGCUGAACACUCUGACCAUCCAGUGGCGUGGAGUGCUCCUGGGACCGCAGAAAAAUUGGGGAUGAUGUCAUCGAAGAAUGAUGGAUUUUCACUUACUUCUGGAGAUUUUCCGACGCUUGGUUCAGAAAAAGAUAAUCCUGGAAAGAGUGCCGAGCCACAAGAUCACAGUUCUUACAGUCGUCCUGGCUCUUCUAGUGGUAGAGUGGCAAAAGAGACGACUGGGACUUAUGUAGUUGGCGAGAUUUCUGAAAAUGCAAACAUGAAGGGUGGAACUGCUAAUUCAUGGAAAAGAGAAAAUCCCUUGUACAACGAAGAUGGAGGUAGACAUGGUAUGGAGAAGUGGCAGGGAAAUCCCCACCCUUACCCUAGUGCUAAUGUUCCUCCCCAGCACUAUGAUGGAUGGCAUGGUGGUCCAGUAAAUAAUCCACAAGGUGGUGUUUGGUAUAGAGGACCUCCAGGAGCUCCCUAUGGAGCUCCGAUCCCUCCUGGUGGCUUUCCUAUGGAACCAUUUCCAUAUUAUCCUCCAGGACCUCCACAGAUUCCACCUGCUGCUAUUGCCAGUCAGCAAUCCAUUCCUCCACCUGGAGCAGGACCAAGAGGACACCAUCCUAAAAAUGGAGAUAUGUACAGACCUCAUAUGCAGGAUGCAUAUAUCCGUCCUGGUAUGCCAAUUAGACCUGGCUUUUACCCUGGUCCAGUGGCCUUUGAGGGCUAUUACAAUUCUCCAAGGGGCUACUGCAAUCCAAAUGAAAGAGAUGUUCCGUAUGUGGGAAUGACAGCUGGUCCCCCUGUUUAUAAUAACUACCCUAGCCAAAGCGCUCACAGGCCUGCCAUUUCUCAAGGCAGACCCAGUGGAUACGGUCCCCCCAACCCCAAGCUGAUGUCGGAGCAAUUUGAAUCUGCUCAUCCGCCUGAUUCUCUUGGACCUUACAAAGUUCUUUUGAAGCAGCAUGAUGGUUGGGAUAGAAGAAAUGAGGAGCAAAGGAAUGAGGGUGCUGUCACAGGACUUUCAACUGAUGCAUCAUCUCUUGAGAGGGAGGAUCAUCCUAGUACGUUGGGAGCAGAGCGUGAUUGGAUAUCAGAUCACAGAAAGGAGGGAGUGAGGGAUCAAAGGAAAAUGGUCGGUGAAGAAGCUGCUUCAAGGAAGUUUGACAACCAAGGAGCCGCUUCAGUUCCUAAGAAAGUGAUGUCUCCUGAAAGUUUGGAACAGAUAAAGACAGUUGAUGUCAUCUCAAUGAAGAAAUCGGGUACUGAAGCCUAUGGCACGCCGGAAGUCGCACAACCACUCCUGGAUGCUGCAAAAGACUCCAGUCUGAUUCAGAAAAUAGAGGGAUUAAAUGCAAAGGCACGUGUUUCUGAUGGACGAAGUGAUACUUCAUCUGUUUCCACUAGGGAGGAGCAGAAGAACAGAUUCCAAGUCAAUGCUAAAGCUCACAAUUCAGUUAAUGAACCUGUUGGUGGUGGUAUUGUAAAUCCGGAAAGAUCUCAUGCCACAGAGAGCAUAAAUCCUUCUCUUGAAGUGGGCAGCACAAUUUCCAUCUCCAGGCAAUCCAAUCGUGCCAUGCAUGAUAAUAGAUCAGAUCAUCGUGGUAGAGGAAGGUUCAAUAAUCAAGAAGGUGAAGGGUGGUCAAAGAAGUCCUUGGUCUCAGAACCGACAACUGUUGUAUCAACUGCACGUUUUGAAAUGCCUUAUGACCACCUUGUUUCAACGGAAGCAAUUGAAAAGUCAGGAUCUUAUCCACAAGGCAGAUGUGAGGAGGAAUUGGCCAUGCCAAUGGUUGAUCCAAAUGAUUCUGAGGCACAGCGUGCUAAGAUGAGGGAAUUAGCUAAGCAACGUACCAAACAGUUACAGGAGGAAGAGGAGGAACGGACAAGAAGGCAGAUGGCCAAGGCUCGUGCAAAAUUGGAAGAGUUGAACAGACGUACUCAAGUGGAGAGUUCAAAUCAGAAGAUUGAAAGUCACUCAAGUGGUGCCAUCCAGAUUAAGCAAGAAGGUUCUCAAACCGCAGGUGAACCACUAAGUGGUGGCAGGAAAUCAGCUCUGGGAUCUAAUCUUGAUGGUGCUUCACUGAUUAAUGAGAGUAGCACUGGAAAAGCUGAAAAGUCAACUGUUCUGGCUAGUGACCUCCCUUCAGACACGCUAAAGAGUGUCUGCAAGGAACCUGUUCUGAUGCACGAUGAAUCUAUGCCUAAGCUGAAGGAGGUUAUUGUUGCUAAUGUCGUUGAUCAAAACAAUGCUCCCCAGGCUCACGAAAUCAAUAUUACUAGGGUUAAGCAGGCCCCUAAACAAAGGCAGAACAAUCAGUUAGAAAAGAAGCCUACUGGAAAGUUUACUUCCACCAGCACAGAUGAUGCAACAAAAUGUCAGACAGAUUCCCUGGUUGAUGUUUCCAAAUCCCUUGGAGUUGUACCAAAUGAAACAGCCUCAAGCAGUGAGUCAAGCCAGACUGCUAAUCCCAGUGUCAUACUUGAGUCAACUUCUCAUCCCAGAAAGAAAAACAACCGAAUUGGAAAGAAUAAGCAGAAAACAGAGAGCACAUCGACGGCAGCUGCAAUGCCAUCAUCUGCAUCGAAAGAAACAGAUAUUGCAAAUGCCACAGUUGAAAGUGGAAGGCCAAGGGUAUCUGAGUUGGAGUUGGAUCCUAGCUCGGGUCAGUCACAGACCAUUCCUAGAGAUGCAUACCACUCUUCGGCACAACACUUGUCUCCAUCAAAUGAAGAAUCUAAAGGUAAAGGAAAUAGCCAGUGGAAACCUCAGCAUUUUCGCAGGGUGUCAAGGAAUUCGCAAGCUAUUAAGCACUCAGAAAAAUUUCACAGCACUGAUGCUGUUGUCUGGGCACCUGUGCGGUCACAGAACAAAGCUGAUGUACCUGAUGAAGCCAUCCCCAAUAAUGAAGUUGAGGCUGUUAGUGCUGUAAAGACUGAACAUAAAGUGCAAAAUAGUUCAAAAAAUAAGAGGGCUGAAAUGGAGAGAUAUGUUCCAAAACCUGUAGCUAAAGAGAUGGCGCAUCAAGGAAGCACUCAACAGCCAGUGGCUUCUGUAAUCAAUCAAACUGCAAUAAAUGAGACCAUUGAGAGAUCAGAUUCUGGUUCUCAAGUUGCUGAAAGUUCUCAACCUAUUACUCUAACUAUUGGAAAAGUGGGGAUUGCCAUAGAGCCGAGGCAUGGGAGUAGUAGACAGAGUAAGCACGGAAAAGCACAUGGAUCAUGGAAGGGCCGGGGGUCAACAGAAUCAACUGCCAUGCAUGGUUCGGAAGAUGGACCGUCGUAUGCUUCAAAUGUUGAUAAAAAUUCAGUCCAGAAUCAUCAACCCCAGAAGCCUGAUGUUGUCUCAGAGAUAGAGCAACCAAAGAGUUAUGAUUGGAAUGAUUCUGACGGAUGGAACAUGCCUGAAGAGCCUGUUGCUGUUGCACCAGUCUCUGUUUCUGCAAAAGACCAGGGAAAUACCAGAAGGGGAAAGCAGCAUCCAUUCAAGGGACACAGAGCCAUGGGAAACAAUCAUGAUCUGGAUGAAAAGAACAAUAGCAGAGGGGAUACCUACAAAAAUAACAAUCAGUUUUCAGCCUCAGAAACGGGUCAAACAGACUUAGGUGCUGCUUCCAGAGAGAAUCGAGCUGUUGGGGAACGUGCAGCGCCUCAUUGGCAACCCAAAUCUCAGGCACAUUCAGGCAAUAGUCAACUGGGAAAUAGGGCCAGUGGUGGUCAAAACGUUGUUGUGGAAGUUGGUCGGACUGUCAAAAAGGAGACCAGUCCCCGAGGUGCGGUGCCACGUCCGGCAACACCUGACAAGGAUAAUACUGAAUAUGUGGCCCAGUAUCAACAUGAUCAGGUGAUAUCUGAGAGAAACAAUGCAGGGGAAGGACAUAGUAAGAGAGAGAGGAAAGCCUCAUUCAGGGGACGCCCCCGCUCUCCAAACCAGGGUCAUGUUACCCCAGUUGAAACAGCUCCUGUUAGUAUGGAUACUAGACAAGAGCAGCAUUUUAACACUGGGUUCCGCAAGAAUGGAAACCAAAACAGCCGUUUUGGGAGAGGUCAAGAGUCUCGUGGGGAUUGGAAUUACUCAGGGCAUGAUAGUAGGCAGCACAACCACCCUGCAAACCGGGAGAGACAGAGGCACAGCCCGCAUUUUGAGUACCAGCCAGUAGGGUCGUACAACAGCAAUAACAAGUUCAACAAUUCCGAGGAACCGCGAGAUGGUUCUUACAAUACUGGUGGAAGAGUCAAGGAAAGAGGCCAGACCCAUCCGCGACGUGGUGGGGGUAACUUGCAUGGACGGCAAAGUGGCGCCUCCCAAGUAGAUGCAGAUAUGGAGCAGUAGCUGAAUGAUUUAAGAUUCUGAAGAUGAGGUUUUUAUCGAUUGAAACCCACCUUUUUCCCACUCACGCAUCAUUAGCAGUGGCCGAUAGCAUUCAGGGCUUGCGGCAAAGUAGACGGUGCUGAAGUAGAUAGCCGCGGUUGGAGGUAGUCGAUGGUGUCGUAGUUCUUAUUUAUCUUCUUGUUUCAAUUGAAUGGGAUGUGAAACAUUGUGAUAUGGUCACCCCUUGUUUCGUACGGAACGAUUUUAACUUUGUUUUUCUUGUUCUGGCCUUUGUAUUUACUGUUUUAGAGUGACUCGUAAUCCCUUGCCUUGGCUCUAAAUAUUAAUAUUGGAGCGGCAGGAAAGGAAUGAAGUUAGAGAUAGCUUAUGAUUUC